GCAGCCGGGCGUCGGGGCGAUGAAGCUGGAGGUGGCCGUCCCCUCGGUGGGGCUGCGGGCCGCCGACCUGGACAGGAGCCCGGACAAGGCGCACACGGUGUUCAAGGUGGAUGUCUUCUGCAACGGGCGGAAGCACACCCUGGAGAAGCGCUACAGUGAAUUCCACGCCCUUCAUAAGCGGAUCAAGAAGCGAUGCAAAGUCCCCGACUUCCCUCCCAAGCGCUUGCCCAACUGGAUGGCGAAGGUGAUGGAGCAGCGGCGCCAGGGCCUGGAGGCCUACCUGCAGGGGAUCGUGUUGUCACACAGAGAGCUGCCCAGAGAGCUGCUGGACUUCCUGAAACUCUGGCACUUCCAACAGGACUCCGAGGCCGGCUCCCUGGGAGACUUGGCCAUGCAAGAUCUCAGCCCUCGUUUCCUGCUCUCCCAUCGGCCAGUCCUCAGCUACCGCAGGGAUCCCUACAUUUUCCCCUCUUCCAAAGAUGUGCUUCCCGACGUGAUUCUGAGCGGAGUGCUGCAGGGCCUCUAUGCCCCCGAGACGGGCUUCAGCCUGGAUGCCAGGUUCACGGCAAGACCCAGCCUGGAGCUGCCAAGGGCCCUGCCGUCCCCUUGA